AUAAUUAUGGAUACUGAUACAUAUUUACUGAAAUUUAAAGGAUACAACUUUUUACGUUCUUUGACUGAUGCUGAAAGAUUAGAAGAGCUUGAGGAUUUUGAAAUUCGAGAUGAUGAUGUCUUCAUAAUUACAUAUCCCAAAUCUGGUACCAUCUGGACUCAGCAGAUAUUGAGCUUAAUUUAUUUUGAGGAACAUCGUACACAAACUCAAAAGAUGGAAACAAUUGACCGAGCCCCCUUCCUAGAAUACAACUUUCGCCAUAUGGACUUCCACCGCAGACCAUCACCUCGCCUAUUCUCUACCCAUCUACCAUAUUAUUUAGUACCAAAUGGUCUCAAGAACAAAAAAGCAAAAAUCAUUUACAUCUACAGAAAUCCUAAAGAUGUUAUCACCUCAUUUUUCCACUAUUCAAAUUUGGUGGCAGCAUUUGAAACACAAGAAAAUUUGGAUAAUUUUAUUCAGCAUUUUCUAGAUGGAAAAGUGCUAGGAAGCCUUUGGUUUGAUCACAUCAAAGGCUGGUAUGAACACAGACAUAAAUUUAAUAUUUUGUUCAUGUCAUAUGAGGAAAUGAAGAUGGAUCUCAGAAGUACUGUGAAAAAAUUUUGUAAUUUUCUUGGGAAAGAACUGAGUGAAGAUGAUAUAGAUGCUGUUGUGAAGCAAGCUACAUUUAAGAAUAUGAAAUCUGAUCCACGAGCAAAUUAUAACGACAUACUCAGAAAUGAAAUUGGGACAAAAAACAAUCAUGGGCAUUUCUUGCGCAAAGGUACCAUUGGUGACUGGAAAAAUCAUAUCACUGUGAAUCAAAGUGAAAGAUUUGACAUAAUAUUCCAAAGGAAGAUGAAAGAUAUACCAUUGAAAUUCAUCUGGGAUAAAAAUGAGCAGUAGAUUAAGUGCAAAAUAAUUA